AUGCGGCUAAUUCCUACCGGGUUAUCCUUUAAUGCAAUGCACAUAUUUCUACUAGCACUACCCCUUUGCCAUGCACUCGCUGCAGAACCCUGCCGCGAAGUCGACGUCGUCAUAAUCGGCGGUGGCAUAUCCGGACUCUCCACUGCCAAAGAUCUCGCAACAGCCAACAAAUCCUUCGUCACACUAGAAGCACGAGACCGAGUCGGUGGUCGCGUACUCAACGCCAACAUCCUAGGAAAGGGCGUCCAAGAACUAGGCGGCGAAUACGUCGGACCAACACAAAACCGCGUAUUAGCUCUCGCAGCCGAACUCGGCUUACCAACAUACAAGACAUACACAGCAGGAAACUCAACAUUCUAUCGAAACGGCACGGUGCGUCAUUAUCGAGACAAUCUGGGCGGUAUCCCUCCUGUGGGAAUGGACUCCCUCGUCGAACUCGCAAACUUCAUGGUUGACAUCAAUACUCUAGCGAGCAAAGUCGACCUAGAAUCCCCAUGGAAUACCCCGAACGCCACAGCACUAGAUUCAAUGACUCUAGAAACAUACGUGAACUCCCAAUUAUCCACAUCCGACUCUCGGACCCUCCUCGACGUCGCAAUCCCAGCAAUCCUAUCAACAGAAUUAAACGAGCCAUCUCUACUGUAUUCAUUAUGGUGUAUAGCCGCAGCAGGCGAUGAAACCGGACCUGGAACUAUCAACCGACUUAUCGGAGUCGACGGUGGUGCCCAGGACAGUCGGCUUCAUGGUGGAACACAACUACUAGCAACCUUACUAGCCGAAAGACUCGGGUCUGAAAAUAUCUACCUCAACACACCGGUGCGCAAAGUCCAGCUCAAAAAAUCCCGCUAUCUAGUCUCUUCAGACGAAGUCAUCAUCUCCGCACGACAUGUCGUCCUCGCCAUGUCCCCGCCUCUAAUAAACCGCAUCACAUUCGAUCCACCCCUCCCAGCUAACCGAGACCAAUUAAACCAGCGCAUGCCGAUGGGCGCACUUGGCAAAGCCAUCGCGAUCUUCCCGGACGCCUGGUGGCGUGACGAGGGUCUCAACGGCGCGGGUGUGAGUGACACCGGUGCGAUCAGAGUGACAUAUGACAACUCACCAGCUGAUGGGUCAUUUGGGGCGAUUAUGGGGUUCAUUGAGGCGGAUGAGAUGCGGAAGUUGGAUUCUGCGAGCGAAGACGAGGUCAAAAGGCAGGUUAAGCAGAGUUUUGCUAAUCUUUUUGGUUCCCGUGUGGAAACAGCUACGGAUGUUCUUGUUCAGAGGUGGGAUCUAGAGGAUUUCUCGCGUGGUGGGCCUAGUGCUUUCAUGCCGCCGGGGGUUUUGACGCAGUAUGGGUCUUAUUUGCGUGCGCCGGUUGCGGGGAUCCAUUUUGCUGGGACGGAGACUUCGUUAAGGUGGAUUGGGUAUAUUGAUGGGGCUAUUAGUUCGGGAGAAAGGGUUGCUAGGGAGAUAUUGGGGAGAAUUGGUGAGUGUGGGCUUGAUUAA